CAUUGACAAAAUUUGAUGUGGCCUACUGAACACCGUUUCCAAGGAUAGAUCACAUAUUUGUUGGAUAUUCAAACGCAUAAGAAAGUUAACCCGAGGUUUUGAGCUAACAAACAAACCAGUACUGGACUGUACGCGAGAAUUCUGGUCGUCUUGGUGUUGACCUUUUGUCAACGAGUGAGGCUGUUUGUAAUGUUAAUUAACGUGCAGCUGAAAUGGCAUCUCGUCAUCCAAGGGGAUAUGGUGUAAGAUUGUCGUUGUGCGGGGGUCACUAGUCAGAUGUACCAAUGUCGGCUUUUAUUUGUGAUAACCAUCUGUCGCCUACUGAUACGCAAUCAGAUCAAAGAUGGCGUGCUCUGUCAAUCCUUACUGAAUGAGACGACUUGACGGCGCGGAGGAACACAUUCGGCCGCAGGAUACCUCGAUGAUGUUAAGAAGAUAUAAUGACAAUAAACACUUCGGGGGUUGUCGCGUAGAUACCUAAUGUCCUCAUGCAAUGAAGCAGUCUACGACUUGGCGUCAUUCUCCCUGUUGGCCAUCACAUCGUCUUGCCUUUAACAUCAAUAUCAUGUCCGCCGCAACAGCGGGAUUCCCUCAUGCUUUUGUUCCCCAUCUACCCCUAAAGACCGACGGACCGACCCAUCUUGAAAGUCAAAUACCCCAAGCUAUGCCUCUCAUCGUGGAUACCGACUUCCAAUCCGGUUCAACAUCAAAUGCAGAAUCUCGAUUUGGGGAGCACCAGUCGGUGGCGGUGAUAGGCUCAGGCAUCAGUGGAGUCUGUGCUGCUGCUCAUCUUCUCAAAUAUGGACUCUCCGUGACCGUCUUUGAACGGUCCAACGGCGCCGGCGGUGUAUGGAAGUUCGACGAACGCCCACCGGAAGAUCCCCCGUAUAUUUACCGUCCACCGUCCAUCGGAGAUCAGCAGCACAUCCCCCCAGGUGCCGUUUUUGACGGCGGGGACGCGAAAUUUUUGAAUCUUGAAGUACGAUUCGCGCCACCGAGCCCAUGUUAUGUCGGUCUAAAGACCAAUGUCCCAACACCACUGAUGGGAACUACGUUAGGGAAUUGGCCCGAGGGGAGUCCGGCAUCGGUCAGCCAUUCCGCUGCUCUCCAAUACAUCCGAUCUCUAGCCAAAAGAUCCGGAUUGGAUGCAGUGACGGAGUUCAACACUCGAGUUGAGGAUGUCAGAAAGACAAGCGACGGUUCAAAAUGGAGGAUCACUACCCUAGCGCUGGAAAUUGAAGACGGGAUCCCUAGCGCUCAGUUCACAGAGAAAGUCAGGGAUUUUGAUCUGGUUGUCGUCGCUUCGGGGCAUUACAAUAUGCCGCGUAUUCCGCAAAUCGAAGGCUUAAAAGGGUGGAAGGACUCUUUUCCCGAUAGAGUUAUUCACUCCAAGAGGUACCGGAAUCCUGAGAAGUACCGGAACCAGAACGUGCUCGUGAUCGGAGCCGGCGUGUCCGCUACAGACGUCUGUAAAGAACUCGGCGAGGUGUCUCACAAAACGUACCAGAGCACUCGCAACGGACGGUUUGACCUUCCGGCGAGUGUACUGCCUCCAAACGCCGUCCGAGUAGCGUCAGUGGAGAAGUUUGUCCCUCUAGAGGCAAAGAUUGAAGGGGAAGAGCCGACACUCGGGAAUAAUCAGCCGAUACCCGGGUCUGUUGUUCUCACAGACGGAACAAUCCUACAAGAUAUUCAUCAAGUAGUAUUAGCCACUGGAUACAUUGUGUCCUACCCCUUUCUCCCGCAGUUGCACUCCGACACGGCUGUUGAUGCCGAUCCUGACGACGAGCUGGUUGUGACAUCGGAUGGCAUUAUGACGCAUAACCUCCAUAAGGAUAUCUUUUACAUCAACGACCCGACGCUGGCGUUCAUUGGCGUUCCCUACCACGUCGCGACCUUUUCACUUUUCGACUUCCAGGCCCAGGCGUUGGCGAGGGUGUUCGCUGGUAGGGCAAAACUGCCGACGCAAGAAGACAUGCGAAGAGAAUAUGAGAAGCGUGUGGAGGAAAAGGGGCGAGGACGUUUCUUCCAUUCCUUGGUAACACCUGGGCAUGAGAUCGCCUAUGUCAGAGAUCUCGCGGAAUGGGUAAACGGUUACGUGAAGGAAACGGGAGGCGAGCCCAUGCCGGUUCAUUCAGAGGAAUUUUUGAAGGAAUAUAACGUGUUGAAAAGCAGGUUAAGGGGCCUGUACCCGGAAAUUGCCAAGAAUGAUGGGGAGUUGCAGGAAUAACAGCUUGAAAGUAACGUUCGUUGUUGGGGUCCAUCGCUGAUUUAUUUCACUGUCAACUAGACGAUGGGAAUAUCUUUGUUUCUGUCUCUUGUGCAGCCACUGAUUCAGUGUACACCAUGUCCUGGUUGGUUCCGUGUAUCCGUAAUGAAAGAUGAUCGAUGUGACGGAAUGGCGCCAUGUCGGCCGCUUGUCGGGAGGUACUUUUCAGUGAGUCGAUGAUAAUGAUGACGAUUAUAUAUGCGGCUUCGUGAAUAUGGUUGGAAAGGAGAUGAAAAGAAAC